AUUCGAUACGGAAGCCGGAUUAAACAAUAAUUAACCGGGGAUUGCUCUGAAUCGGGGAGGAAAUGGAAAUUCAAUGGGAGCUUGGACAUGGCGAAACGUGUAGUCUAUAGCUGAAACCCCCUCUUUCCAAUCUGCACUUUCCUCUCAACAAUUUUCACUCAUACCAAACGCCAAACUUCCUUCUCUAAAUCAAAUUGCCCGUGGCGGCCUACUCCUUCGCACUUUUCUUUCCUCCACGCCAUCGCUGACGUCCUUUUCGAUUGUAACAGAUAGCAAAUCAUCGUCUGGUUCCGGCUUCUUUUUGUGGUUAAGUUAUGGUUGCCUUUUCAUUAGAUUGUUCUUCCCUCCUCUCUUUUAUAUCCGUAUAUUCAAAUUUCAAACUAUUUUUAGAUGAAUCAGGAUCUGUAGAUUUGUUACCGCGGAAAUUUUGAAAUUACAAUUUGUUAAAGCUCUCUCUUCUUGCCUAAACUAGAUGAUGAUUGAGUAGUCGUUGGUGUUUUCUCGUAUGGAAUUUGUGUAUUCGUCAGAUCCUGCUCAUAGACCAUGUUUGAUGGAUUAAAGGCAGCUUCUAUUUCUUUGUUAGAGAGAAUUCGUCCUCAUAAGUUCAUAUCCACACGCCACAGCUAGCACAAAUCUUCUGCAACAGUUUGUGUCUUCUUCUUACAAUUUUAGCUGCCUUAACUUGCAAUUGUAGUGGUCUGAUUACACGCAUUUUCUUCUUAGCCUGUUGGAAUACAAGCAUGGAUUUGCAGGCCAAUUCUCAAUCCGAGUCUGGAAAACUGGAGCAAAUUGUUCUACAGUUCUUUUUAAAGACAUUGCACAUUAUUCUGGAUUCGAGAAUUCCUUCUCUACACUCACACGAUCGUUUUGUUGAUCUGCCAUCUGUUCCACGGGUUAGGAAGAGUGAUAAAUGGUUCAAUUUGGUAUUAGGAGACCGCCCUGCAGCUUUCGAAAACUUGAAUUUCUGGCAUAGAAAUAUAAUGGAUCCAAUGGUCAUAGACAUUAUACUUGUUAGUCACGGAUCUUCUUCUGUAGAUAAUUUGUAUAGUCCAUAUACAAGGGGUGCAUCCCUUGAGACUGUAAUAGAGAGGUGGGUUAUUCAAUACGAAUCUCCACAGUUUAAGUCUCCUCAAACAAAUGAAAGUUCUACCUAUUACAAGAAGACUUAUAAGAAGUCUAUCAUUCUCUUAAGAUCUCUUUAUUCCCAAAUGAGGCUUCUUCCUGCGCAUCGGAUCUUUCGACAGCUAAGUUCAUCCACUCAAUCCUAUAAUUUUGACCUUAUUUACAAGGUGUCUUCAUUUAGUGAUCCAUUCUCUAGGUCCGAGGAGGAGAUGAUGAAAGAGUACUGUUUUGUACCAGUUGAGGCCCUUCCAGGCCGUCUUUGUGUCUCUGUGACUUACCGUAAGAGACUAUCAGAUUUCAACCUUGAGCCAUCAACUUCUUUACCACCAAAGAUCAUAGCUGACUAUGUUGGUAGUCCCUCUACUGACCCAAUGAGGUCUUUUCCCGCUUCAGAGAAGGGUGUUCGUGCCACAUCCUUUCCGUUAAGAGGUGUAUGUCCUCCAUCCAUUGCUCCAUCUGAGCGGCCACACAGCUGGACUAGUGGCUUUCACAGACCAGCUCCUUUUACAAGGCAUCAGUCCCUUGGUGGAUCUCCACCUGCAUACCACAUAUCAUCCAUAUCAUAUGAUUCUCAGUCCCCUCCAGCUGACACCAAUAGUCACAAAUAUGGAAAUUUCAGACCACCUGCUCAGCAAAAGGCUGGUCUUCAUGAUGAAUAUCAGCUUUCACCUCCAUUCUCCCCAUCUGCCUCCCCCUCAACCCCAACACAUUUCUUAGGUAGCCAUCACAUGCAAACUCGUUUACACUCAGGCACUGCUCCUGUAACUAUUCCGUCCCAAAUGACACACAAAGGCUCUAGAUAUCUCUCUCCUAACUUCUCUGAUCCGAGUAAAAAUUCUCUUCCUCCUUUGUCUCCCAGAAGUGCAAGGAAUGAUUCUUCAUCGCAGGAGUCUCCAUCUGGAAUCCGAUCAUAUAGAAAAGCAGAGAUUCCAAAGUCUGGAGAGUUAUAUUCGGGUGUAAUAAAUCACUAUUCUGGACAGAAGGUGGUCAGAGAUAGCAAAGAUGAUUCAGGCCGGUUCUCAGGAUUGUUAUCUUCAAGCAGUUCACCACGUGUCGGAUUUUCUAGAAGCUCUAGUAAAUUAUCCUUUCAGGAUGACCUAGAUGAUUGUGAUUUCUCAUGCCCUUUUGAUGUUGAUGAUGUUGAGACUCCUGAUUCUGGGGUCAGUCAAACCCAUGGCCAGACAAAAACAUCCGAUUUCACUGCACAGUCUCUUCCAACAUGUAGAAAAUCGCAAGAUGCUGCUGUUGGCAUUCUUGUCCAGAUGCUCCGAACUGCCCCUCCUCUCCGCCAAGACCCAAGUUAUUACGAAUCUGACUCCAUGAGGACUGAAGUGGAAGGAGGAGGCAUUGGUACGGCUUCCGCCUUCCUCAUACCUAGAAGAACAGCAGAUGCACUGGAAGAGCUCAGGAGUUACAGGGAGAUGAAAGAACUUCUACUCUCCAAGAGUGGAACUUUGAUGACCAGUAAAGAAAAAGCUUAGUUAAAUUCUGCUGGGUUAAUCUUCUGCCAAAAGAAAAAAAAAAAAAAAAAAAAAGAUGCAGUGUUGCGUUUUUCAUUAAUAUAUUCUGUACAUAACGUGAAGUAUGAUUAAUGUGAUUAACAUUUCAUCGAAUUUGAUUAAAGGGUGGUAAGUACGGGGUUCGUCAAA